UGUGCUCCAUGAGCGCAGUGCACCUGUGUUGAAAGCUUUUAAGAGGUGUACGCAGGUGUUUUUCCCCUGUCCAAAUUAGCAGGACACACAGACAUUGUGUCAGACUCAGUGCAACAACCUCCCUCUCUUUCUCUCACACUCUCACUCACUCACUCACAGCUGCAGAGAGAAGCAGCGCAACACACACCAGAUAGAAUCCGCCGUACAGCAGCACACACAGCGCGAUGGUGCGUCUCAGGACCGCGUCGCCCAACUUAACUGCGUUUCAACGCGGAAUCACACUCAUGGACUUGUGGGCAAAUCAGUUCAAGUGUUUAACCCGGGACUAAGAAAAAUUCACAACUAACUAUUUCCAGGACCCUUGAGCAACGAAUGAGCUCAUGGUGAUCUCCACAGUACGGACUAAAGACGCGCCAAGCACGGUCACCUUCGCUGUUGAGGAGACUUGCGAGAGGAUCCCAAGAACAGCAUCGGCUCAGUAACACAGAAACAUUCCUGGCCAGCAGCAACGACCGAACCGGAUCCCGCAGAUCAAUGAAGAAUGCGCGAGCGCACGCACAGUCGAUGAAGCCGGCGGCGGGAUCAUGCGUGUUCUGCCCCAGCCGAGCUUGCAGUCACUGCGGCUGGUGUUCCUCUUCGUCUUCGUCAUGGAUGUAGCGCCGUCCCCGGCUCUGACCGCCGGGUGCCCGGACCGCUGCGUGUGCGACGACCAGCUGGUGGUCCAGUGCGCGGGACAACAGUUAAGCGACUUCCCCGUGGACAUCCCGCUGGCCACCCGGCAGCUGAUCAUCUCCAAUAACCGGAUCGGCGACCUGCCGGCGCUGCAGCUCAACUACCUGUCGGACCUGGUGUACCUGGACUGCAGCAACAACUCUUUGACGGAUAUCUCCGAGUCUACUUUUGGCAACCUGCGCAAGCUCGCCUACCUGGAUCUGUCUUUCAACACCUUGACGCAGAUCGAGGACCGGACGUUUGGCCCGCUGGCCAGCCUGGUGAUGUUGAGGAUGACGGAUAACCCGGGGCUGUCGGAGAUCCACCCGGACGCGUUCGCGGAGAACGCGGCGUUGCAGGUGCUGGACGUGAGCCGCAACAACCUGACGGCGCUCAACAUCAGUUCUCUGAUCGCGCUGCCGGCGCUGCGCUCUCUGGGGCUCAGUGGGAACCCCUGGAGCUGCGACUGCGACACGGAGGACCUGUGCCUCUGGAUCCAGAUAGAGGGCUUCAAGUUUCAAGAUGAGGGGCAGACGGUGUGCCAGGGGCCGCCGGACAUGCUGGGUCAGCGCCUGGCGGAGGUGGGCAUGCAGCUGCGAUCGGAAUGCCACCAGGGCUUGGGUUACUGGGACUACCUGUUCUUCAUCGCCAUCGGCUUUGUCAUCUUCAGCGCUGGGACAGUGUCGGCGUGGGUGAUGGGCGUGCUCAUGGUUCUGUACGAGCGGUACAGCAAGAGGAAGAGCGAGGAGUUUGACAGUGAGGACGAGGAGGAGACAGUCACCCGAGGGGCAGGAUGUGGAGGAGGAGGGGGUAACCAUGGCAAUGGUGACCUGAGCAAACCAGGCAUGCAGGUGUGACCAGAGGACAGAGGGACGCUGGGAAAUCUUUGAUGAAAAGAGAACAAGCUGCAGACAGAGCAAAUGAGUUUUCUCUUCUAUAAAGAGGUUUUAAGUGCACUUUUUUUAGAAUGUGUCAACAUUAGUUUUAGAUUAAGAGAAGAGAAGGGCAGGACAGACAGAUUAGAUUUAUUUCUAUUCUUAUAGGUGGACUCAGACAAACAGACAGAGAGACAGAUGAGAGGGACACAGUGAACUUGCAGCUGAAAAAGAUUGCGGUUUCUGACAGAUCUGAGGGUUGAUCUUGGUUAAAUGCAUAGAAAUAAUGCUCACACACAAUGCUCUCCCUAGUGUUAGUAAUGUAAUUGAGGCAGGGGGAUAACACUGUGUUUCACAUUUAAGAGAGAGACCCAGCGAGAAGGAAGGAAAAGGGAAAAAGACAGGUAGGUAGAGAGGCUUGAAGACUAAUCCAGUAACCUAUCUUAGCUUUUAUUUACUAGCUCGGUCAAAGAAAGGAAUGUAAAUGGAGGAUAUACAAGGCAGUCUCUCCAGACUCAUGCAGUGUGAAAUUAACGAAUAGAAGAUGGAAGACUUUUCUACACUGUCUGCACAACUCCAUGGAAGGCUGAAAAUAUUUUUUAAGGGGUUACAGACUGACUGACUGCUCAAAUGAUGGAUUGAGAACAUUUUAUUG